AUGUCUGUAAUGGCCCUCCAACUUGUUCUUGAUGUGAUCUUGAAAGAGAAUGGCCAACCAAAAUUUUGUAGCUUUCUUGGUGUUGGUCUCCACUGUCAUCAACCUAAAAGACUUGAGUUUUGGGGCUGGGUGCAUCAUAAGUUCCGGGAGAAUAACAAAGAGCCACUGAAAGAGGCUACACCUGGUAACAGCUAUUUCCUCUCAGCUCAUCAAUCCCUUGAUAGCCAAGAUGCUUACCCCACAGCAUGUGCUGGCCCCAGACACAAUACUGGAGUCAGAAAACAGCUUAACCUGUUCCAGGACCGCUCCUUCGCUGGACCCAUGGAAAAUACAGAAGAAAUCUUCAAGGAUCACAGAAACAGUGAUUUUUUUCAUGGAUUUCUUGCCAUUGGAACCCUUGGUGGAGAAACACUUCUGGAUGAACCAGCAACACCGACAUUCGGCAUGUCCUCUGAGGACCCCGGAAAAGAUUAUGCAGAUGUGACAGAGAAUGACUUGAAGCUCAUUAGCAAUGAAUUGGAGAAGUUCCUUGAGGCUGAAGCUAAAGAAGGACACAACCAACCAUCAGGAAGGAACAGCGACACUAACACUAUCGCAUCCACCAUUGAGGCCAUUGAGGCUCUAGAUGCCGAAGAAGAUAGUCAGCCAAUGAAGUUCCCGCUCCAAGAGUAUCUUUUUGGUUCUCUAAUCGAACUCCCAGAAACAAAGAUUGCAGACAAGAAGGAAAGGGCAUCACUUGGAGACCUGUUUCGAAAAAUAGAAAUGCAGGAUACACAGCCAGAAACCAAAUAUGGGAAGAAAAAUAACCAAACCAGUUCAACUCACAAGUCUGCAAAGCAUCUUGUGAAGAAGGUACUUAAAAAGCUGCACCCGUCCUCAAGGAGCUCUGCCAGUGGUAAAACUGAAGUGGCUUCAAAAAAGAAGAAGUUCCAAAAGAUGGUACAAGUUUUCCAUAGGAAAAUACAUCCAGAAGACUCAAUGAUGGAAAGUGAAAUAUACAGCAGGAUGGAAAAUCCAAAAUACAGUGAAGCAAGUUCGAUUGGGUUAAUGUCUGAGAACCCCUGUAACGAGACAAGUAAAAGAUGGAUCCAGUAUGAGCUAAGAAAUUCUCGCUCAGCUAGCAACGGAGAACACUGGAUCAAAACAGACGAAGACUACUUCGUGUUGGAGCUGUAG